UUUAUCGCGACGCCUGAAUCAGUCGGAUCACCGGACAGUAACGACGGCAAGCUGAAUCCUGCAUCUGGCGAAUGUUUUAAAAUAUUAGAUUUUCUUGACAUCUUCUUGGUUUCAUCCGAUUGCUGAAGCCAUGGGCCGCAAAGAGCUUCCAAAGCAUUUACGGGAUCUCAUUGUCGAAAGGUAUCGAUCAGGAGAGGGGUACAAAAGAAUUUCCAAAACAUUAGAUGUUCCAUGGAACACCGUGAAGGCCAUCAUCAACAAGUGGAGAAAAUGGGGCACCACAGUGACGUUACCAAGAACAGGACGUCCCUCCAAAAUUGACGAAAGGACAAGAAGAAAACUUAUCAGUGAGGCUGCCAAGAGGCCUACAGCAACAUUAAAGGAGCUGCAGGAAUAUCUGGUGGUCAUGGCAGAUCUCGGACUGAAACAGGGAGAUAAAGUGUUGGUGGUAUGGACCCGCCCAUCCUCUCCUACAGCUUUGAAGGAAUUUGCUGAGGGUGUCGGCGCUGUGGUUGGUGGUCAGAACCUGGUGUCCCUUGAGAACAUCGAAAGGCUCCAGAUAUCCUCUCACUCAGCUUCAAGUUACGACUGGGUCCUGUCCCAACUGCUCCCUGACACCGCUUCAGUCCACAGCUCUGAGAUUCUUGCGGAGAUGGCCCGUGUCCUGAAACCCGGCGGGAAGCUGGUGCUGGAGGAGCCAGUAUCAGGUUCUGAAGAGGUGAAUGGGUUUAGGACAGCUGGGAAGCUCAUGUCAGCCCUCAAACUAUCCGGCCUGGUUUCCGUCUCAGAGGUGAAGAGUGAAGCCCUGAGCCCUCAGGUUCUUAAUCAGCUCACAGAUGUUCAGGCAAAAUCUCUGUCUAGGGUGCGAAUUUCAGCUUCCAAACCCAACUUUGAGGUCGGAUCAUCGUCUCAACUCAAACUGUCCUUCGCCAAGAAAACAGAAAAGCCAGCUCUCGAUCCAGGUGCUGCCAAGCUGUGGACGCUUUCAGCUAAUGACAUGGAUGAUGAUGACAUUGACUUGGUGGACUCGGACGCACUGCUGGACGCUGAAGACCUGAAGAAGCCUGACCCGGCUUCGCUCAGAUCGUCAUGUGGAGAAUCGGGAUCUAAGAAGAAAGCUUGCAAGAACUGCACGUGUGGCCUUGCGGAGGAGCUGGAGCAGGAGCAGGAGAGCAAAGCCACUCAGAAAACCAGUCAACCGAAAUCCGCCUGUGGAAACUGUUAUUUAGGAGAUGCUUUCCGCUGUGCCAGCUGUCCGUAUCUCGGCAUGCCUGCGUUUAAACCAGGAGAAAAGGUCGUACUGGCCAACACACAGAUUGCAGAUACAUAAAACGUGCUGAUUCCCCAAAGCAAAGAUUCAUUCCUUUCAUUUAUGGUCAUGCAUGGAUUCAACAUCAGCAUCAGACCUGAAUGGUUUGAGAACUGCAGAUAUCAAACUCAUUCACUUAAGUAUAAAUGCAAACUUUUGAACAAAAGAUGUGUAAUACCUGAACUAUAUAUUAUAGUAUAUAAGCCUUCAGAAAUUGAUCUCCUGAAAAUCUGAUCAUCUUUUUUUUUUCAGUUUAAUUGACUUAAUUUUCCUGGUGUUUUUUUUUUUUUAAACCCAAAUAUUGUCUUGACCAUAUGUAUGUUGUUCUCUGUAAUAUAGAAUGAUGGCAUUUGAUGCAAAAAUAAAAUGAUUGCACACUG